UUCUGGGGGAAAAACACUCCAAGAUGGCGCUACGCACUGUUUGCGGCGCUGCUCUGCGAACUGGGACAGAUUUAGGGGUCAAUAAUGCGAGGACGUUUGUCUCGACAGCGUUCCGCUGCAGACAGGGAACACCUUUGGGUCCGAUGCCGAACGACGACAUUGACGUCGAGAGCCUGGAGUCCAUAGUCAAGUAUCGCAGCUACACUCGUUACCUGAAACAAGCCGAGCAGGCAAGGAACCAGCCCGCCUGGUGGAAGACCUACAGGAGCUACUUGAACAGAAGUGACCCCGAGCACGAUGCAGAGAAAGUGGAUAUUGGACUUCCGCACUAUCGAUCCCGCAGGACCGACGAAGUGAGGGAGAGGAGGCAGGUGGUGAAGGAAAACAAGAAGAACGUGGAGCUUGAGAGGGCUUGUCGCCUGCGCACUUUUAAGAUCCCCCUGGACCGAGUGCAGGAAACCUGGGAGAAGAGCAGCAGUCCGUUUCACAUCAGGAGACUGGCCGACCACUACGGGGUGUUCAGGGACCUCUUCCCCAUGGCAUAUUUCCUACCUCAGGUCUCACUCCGGAUCUUCUACAGCCAGGACAACAGUGGCCAAGUGCAUUAUGGGAAUCGACUAACGCCAACAGAAGCAGCUUCUGCCCCUCAGAUAGUCUUUGACGGGGAGGAGGGCUCUCUGUGGACCCUCCUGCUCACAUGUCCAGACGAGCAUCUUCUGGACAAUGAGGCAGAAUACGUCCACUGGCUAGUAGGGAACAUACCGGGCGGAGCUGUGCAGGCCGGGGAGGAGCUGUGUCACUACCUGCCCCCGUUCCCUGCCAGAGGAACGGGUUUCCACCGCUACGUUUACGUCCUCUUCAAGCAAGAGGGGCCCAUCAACUUCCAGGAGGAUGUCAGGCCGUCGCCAUGCCAUUCUCUGGUGGAUCGCUCAUUCAAGACGACGGAUUUCUACCGAAAGCACCAGGACAACAUGACACCUGCAGGUUUGGCCUUCUUCCAGAGCCAGUGGGACGAGUCUGUCACCCAAACCUUUCACACAACACUAGACAUGAGGGAGCCGGUGUUUGAGUUCAUCCGGCCUCCCGUGUACCACCCUCCGCAGGUCAAAUAUCCUCACCGACAGCCGCUCCGCUACCUGGACCGGUACAGGGAUGGGAAGGAGCACAGCUAUGGAAUAUAUUGACGAGUUGGGGAAACAUAUUUCCUUGCAAAUGUAACGUUUGGCAUAUUUAGGUGGAAAAUAAAUGUAAAAAAACCUUU